AUGUGUACUCAUACAGCCUCUUCUGAUAUCCACGGAUCUUACCUUGGCGUCACAAGCGGCCGGGUCGCAACCACCCCCACCCCCUCCACCCCCAACCCCAACCCCAAUGUCUCCAAUGUCACCACCCCCAGUGUCAAUGUCAAUCCCACCACCAUCCCCAUUACCAAUAUUGUUUCCCCAAUGGGAAACCUUACCUCCACCCCUAGGUCAACCCCACUUUUCCAGGGCAUCUUCUCCGGAGAGUGCAGUGACAACAGCACAGCACGAAAGGGCUAG